AUGCGCUCCUCCCUCUCCGUCCGCCGAUUAAGCCGAAGAUCCGCUUCAAUACGCACACAACAAGCGCCUCCUCCACCACAACAACACCCACCAUCAACAUCAACCCUAGAAGCCAAAACCGCUCUCCCCGCCGCCUUCCAAAGAGACUACUCCGCCACGGCAACUCAAGGUCCAACUCUGCGAUCAUGCUCUCCCCCUAUAUCUUCCACACGCCGCACCCGCGCUAGCACAACAACCGUUAUACCGGGCCGUAGCACGUACCGCAGCAAGCUGGAUCCCGCCGCUACCGCCGAAACAACAACUACGACUAUUACUGCACCGUAUUUCGGGCUCACAGGCCUAUCUUCUCCUACCUCUCCAUCGACUUCAGGCGUGCCCCCAGCACCAGCACCAGCACCAGCGCAAGAAGCAACAGCAACAUGUCUCUGCGGCGCAGUCCACCUCGCGUUUCCUACCACGACACCAGGUCUCGUAGCGUCCUUUGUAUGUUACUGCGCUGAUUGCAGGAAAGGAGGGGCCGAGGCGGGUGUUGUUGUUAAAGACGAAUACUUAAAACACCUUCGUGGAACUUUGAAUCUCUCUUCCUUCUCACAAUCCGUAUUUACCCCUUCGAGCCACAGCUCCACCACGUUCUUCUGUCAGGCGUGCGGAUCGAAUAUGUACAGGGUUGGUGUUGCAUUUCCCGGUUGCGCGAUUGUGCGGCUGGGUACGGUGGAUGAUGCACGGCUUGCUGAGGGCAUGUUGAGGCCGACACGGGAGCUGUGUGUGAAGGAGCGGGCGAGUUGGGCGGGUGGGGUCAAAGGGGACGAGGUGAAGAGGAGAGUGGGGUUGUUUUCAUGA